GCAUUUUGAUCGAUAUGAUGAGGUAAAUAUCCACAUCGAAUUUCAUCUGUUGUGAUUUUGAUUUAACUCAUAUACAAGAUCCGCGUUUAUGUAUUUGGCCUUGAGCCUUUCUAUGUGAGGGCUACUUAUACUACCUGGUUGAUCUUACUGCAAUAAUUGGAACGGGUUCAAACACCCUAAUAUUUGUUGAAUUUUCAGUUAUUUGACCACCAACCUAUCACUCAUAGGAUGCUAGUGCUUUGUAUCCCAAACUGAUUUGCUUCUUACAGACCAAGUGAAAACUGAGUUACUAUGUUAAAAGCGGUACUUCCAAGGCUGUAUUUAUUAUGUAAAUAAUGCCGGGCUUAUAUGCCAACAUACAAUUAAUCUUCUAUUUUAAUGAAACUAGGAAACAGGAAUUCUGGAGCCAAACUGUUUCGUUCGAUGAAAACAAUGAUAGUCAGCAGCUUGAACUCUCUCAAAUAAGUGAUGUUCGUUCUGGGACAAAACCUAAGGAUGAAAAGUUGACUGCACAAAUUCAAGAAAAAUCUGGCAAAUCAUGGGAUCGUAUUGUGACAAUAUGCAGUGGUUUAGAUUUGGUAAAUAUUAAUUAUACUCAUAUGGUAGCUAAAGAUGCUGAAACCGCUUCUUUUUGGAUACAAUCUCUUCGUAGUUUAACACAUAAUACCAAAGCAGCUAAUGUUUGUCCUAUGACUCAGUUAAGAAAACAUUGGCUACGACUUACAUUAACUUUGAAUGCCCGUAAUCGAAUUCCUGUUCGUGUAAUUAUGAAAACAUUUGCCUCAGGUCGUAAUGAACGAAUUGUAUAUCAAAGUUUAAAAGAUUUAAAUUUACCUCAUGGAAAGAAUGAUGAUAUUGAUCCAAAUGAAUUCCCAUUUGAAAAAUUCUACGAAUUAUAUCAUAAAAUAUGUCCUCGUACAGAUAUUGAAGAUUUAUUCAAAUCUCUAUCAAAAGGCAAAAGUCACAUACAUGCAGAUAAAAUGAUAGAAUUUCUCAAUGAAACUCAACGUGACCCUCGCCUAAAUGAAAUUCUCUAUCCAUUUGCUAACAAACAAACUAUUAAGUAUAUCCAAGAAAAUUAUGAAACACAAGAAGAAUUCAAAAAUACUGAUGAGGUAUCCAUUGAAUGCUUUUAUCGUUAUUUAAUGUCUGAUGAUAAUGCAUGUGUAUUUUUGGACAAGUUAGAUAUUUAUCAAGAUAUGGAUCAACCACUCAGUCAUUAUUAUAUUAAUUCAUCACAUAAUACCUAUUUGAUUGGACGACAAUUUGGUGGUAAAUCAUCUGUUGAAAUGUAUCGACAAGUAUUACUGGCUGGUUGUCGAUGUAUUGAAUUGGAUUGUUGGGAUGGUCGAGGUGAAGAUCAAGAACCAAUAAUCACGCAUGGUAAAGCAAUGUGUACUGAUAUACUAUUUAAAGAUGUAAUUUAUGCAAUUAGAGAUACAGCAUUCGUAGCAAGCGACUGUCCAGUUAUCAUGUCUUUUGAAAAUCAUUGCAGCAAACAUCAGCAGUAUAAACUUGCGAAGUAUUGUGAGGAGAUACUUGGGGAUAUGUUACUUACUAAGCCUUUGGAUAAUUAUUCGCUAGAACCUGGUGUUGCCCUACCUCCACCUGAGAAACUCAAAAGAAAAAUUCUUAUCAAAAACAAACGUUUGAAACCGGAAGCUGAAAAGCAACAAUUGGACUUAUUUUUAAAAGGUCAAACUGAUGCUAUUCAAGAAGAAAAUGAAGUCACUGAAGAUCCAGAUUUAACAAUUGAUAGAGAUGAUGGUGAUGGAUGCUCGGCGAAUAAAGCAAAUAAUGGCGAGUUCACAGCGACCACUACUACUACUGGCUCCGGUGGUGGGGGUGAAACUGUAAUAUCUCUGAAUGCAACACCUACCCCACAGUUGGUUAGUUGUACUUCCAGUGCUGAAUUGAAAAGACUACAGUUAAAGAAGGAGGAAGGAAAUUUAACAGCUGAAGAAGAACAAAUAAUGAUGGCUCAUUAUCAUUAUACUGGUGCAACAAGUAGUAUACACCCAUUAUUAUCAUCGUUUGUUAAUUAUGCACAACCUGUAAAAUUUCAAGGAUUCGAUGUCGCAGAAGUAUUUGAUUCCCAAAUAAACUGUUAUUUACUAAAACCGGAGUUUAUGCGACGUCCAGAGCGUCAAUUUGAUCCAUUCUCUGAAUCUCCAAUGGAUGGUGUUAUUGCAGCUACAUGUGAAGUGAAAAUUAUAUCAGGACAAUUUUUAUCAGAUCGUAAAGUUGGCACAUAUGUUGAAGUAGAUAUGUAUGGUUUACCAACAGAUACAAUUCGUAAAGAAUUUCGUACUCGAGUUGUCCCUAAUAAUGGAUUAAAUCCAGUGUAUGGAGAUGAUGCUGUUUUUGUAUUUAGAAAAGUUGUUCUUCCAGAUCUUGCCGUAUUACGAUUUGCAGUUUAUGAAGAUACUGGAAAAUUAAUAGGUCAACGUGUUUUACCAUUGGAUGGUUUACAAGCUGGUUAUCGUCAUAUAUCUUUACGUACUGAAGGCAAUUUCCCGCUUUCUUUACCUACUCUGUUUUGUCAAGUAUCACUUACAACAUAUGUUCCUGAAGGAUUAAAUGAUUUAGUUGAUGCUUUAUCAGAUCCUCGUGCGUUUUUAAGUAAAGAAGAACAACGAAUGAAACAACUCGCCAGUAUGGGUAUUGAUUCAUCAGAAAUUGCUGAUGUACCGUCAACCGGUGGUGGUGGUAAUGCUAGACGUGUUGGGGGCGGUGCCGGUGGUGGUAGUAGUAGUGGUCUAGGAGGUACUUCUGGACAAUUAAGUGGUUCUAUUAUGUCUAAUAUUUCCGGCUCUGGCGAAACUUCAAAUGUUUCGUCGAACAGUACUAAAAAAGAUGAAAAGAAAGAUGAUCCUAAAUUUGAUCCGAUCUCGAUCAGUUUAUUACAAACGGAUAAAAUGUAUCAAAAAUUGAUUAAAAAACAGGCAAAAGAAUUAGAAAUUUUACAGAAACGACAAGAAAAAGAUGCUGUCACUAUGUUACGCAAUCAUACAAUCAUCACAGAUAAGCUGAAUACAAGCCAUGCUAAAGAACGUUCAAGUACAAAGCGAUCAGUGAAUAAGGAAAAUGGACAAAAUGCUGCUUUACAAGAUACACAUCACAAUCAGAUGUGUGAACUUGUCCGUCAGCAUACAGAUCAAUGGAGUAGUCUAAAAUCAACACAAAUGAAAGAAGUUUAUGAUUUAGUGUUGAGCUUUUUCGAUUCACGUAAAGAUUUAUUAAUUAAGAUUAUGAAAGAGGUUCAAGAAGAACAGAAACGUGAAUUACGCAUUAUACAAGAUCGUGAAGUGAAAGAAAUGAAAGCACAACAAACUAAAGCUUCAAUUGAAUCAAACCGUUCCGUAAUGAAUGAUCGUAAAUUACGCAAUAAAGCAGAACGUGAUCGUCGUAUACGCGAAUUAAAUGAUUAUAAUACAAAACGAUUUAUAGAUCAACGUAAACUACAAGCUCAAAGACAUGAUAAACAAACACAAGAAUUAAAUAAACGUCAUACUUUAGAUGAACAAGAAAUCAUCAACGGAAUUAAAAAAGAACGUGAAGAAUUUAUCCGUAAAUAUGAAGAAGAUCUUUUAGCUUUGAAACGCGCAACUGUCAUCUAG